UUAUCUUGAUAACAUUAAUUUAUCUACUUAUAAGUAUAUUCAACAACGGCGUCGUCAGUACCGCUACGGAAACCGUCUUUUGCAGAGGUAUCACGAUUACCUAUCAUAAAUGGAAUUAAUUAUAGAUAUACAAGGUCUAACUAACGAUCAAGGUACUUUUGUGCCCAAAGAAAUCGCUAUAAUCAGUGUCGAUAAUUCAAUACAAAAGCAUUGGUUGCUUAAACCAUCUUUUUCCGAUAGUCAAUUAUUAUCAAAAACACGGCAAACUAAUUAUUGGCUUACAAAAAAUAAACACGGUAUAAGAUGGUCUGACGGUGGUGUUACCUUAUCCAAUAUUUUUGAUAUUUUUAAAUUUUAUUGUGAAAAGGCUCAUACAAUUUACGUGCGCGGUAGUAUUAAAUUGAAAUAUCUUGAAACAUUAUUACGUAGGAAAAUUAUUAAUUUAGAAGAAGAAGAGCCUGACGAAUGUCCAAGCUUUAAAAACUUAGAAUCAGGAGACGUUAAUUGCGGGUUUCACGGAACAGGUAAUAAUUUAGCAUGCGCGUUAAAUAAUGUGUUGGCUUUGCAAAAAGCAAUUUUGAAAAGUCGUAGGGAACCGUUUAUAAUAUAAAAUAAGUGAAAAUGCAAAAGGUCAGCAAAUAAGCAGCUGGUUAUCUCAAUAGUGCCGGAUCAUCACCGUACGAGACGCUAACAAAACAGUUAAUAUACGAACUGUAGUUUAGUAUCAUCUAAAGUGCCCUGUAAAAUGUGUUACUCUAAAUGUAAAGAGACUGUUCUUCAAGAAGAAUCAGGAAUAUUACCUGUAAUAGAGGUGACCGUAGAAGAUCUUGAAGCGUUUCGCCCAUUAUGGCCUCAAGACCCUCUUUUUCGGAUAUUACCUUCCUGGUUAAAUGAAGAAACUAUCGUAUGGUUAUCUCUGUGUACACGAUUGGUUAGACAGGGUCAGACUUAUCUAGAGUUUUUCAUGAGUUUGUCGAGGUCUGUAUUCGAUGCAGCUAUGAGGUCAGCUCCUGACGCUGUGCGAGAAGCUCUUGUACCUCUCUGGCACAUCCGUUAUGAUGACGGAGACAACAACUCUGACGUCCGCCGGGACGACUGUAACGAUGACGGAGACAGCAGUACGGGUAAAGGCGCACAUACACAAAUCAGUUGCUAAUCUUCAUGACUUUAAUAUUUUAAAAUACUUUAUUUGAAGACAUUUAUUAUU